UCCAACCAAAAAAAAAAAUUAAAAGCGAGACCAGGGAAAGGCAGGGCAGGUUCUGGAGUAUUAUUUUAAGAAAGGAAGGGGAAAAGGGAAAUUGAACUUGAUGGUUCAAUCGCAUGGCUUCUUCUUCUUCUUCCUCUUCUCAUCAGACUCGCGUGCCUUUCCCUUCCGACCCUGGUGAUAAACCACUAGAUCAUGAUGUUCCGAUCCAUGUUGUCACCGAACCUUCUCAACUUCCGGUCGAGUUCCUUAACCCUUCUGCCGCAAAGCAAUUGAUCAUUGGUUUUGACUGUGAGGGUGUUAAUCUCUGUCGUCAUGGAGCUCUCUGUAUUAUGCAGCUUGCAUUCCCGGAUGCUAUCUACUUGGUUGAUGCCAUUAAGGGUGGAGAGCCACUUAUCAAAGCAUGUAAGCCUGCACUCGAGUCGAGCUACAUCACAAAAGUUAUUCACGACUGCAAAAGGGAUAGCGAGGCAUUAUAUUUUCAAUUUGGCAUCAAGUUGCACAAUGUUGUUGAUACCCAGAUUGCUUAUUCUCUGAUAGAGGAGCAAGAAGGACGGACUAGAUUGCCAGGGGACUAUAUAUCAUUUGUUGGCCUCCUUGCAGAUCCACGCUAUUGUGGUGUAUCUUAUCUGGAGAAGGAAGAGGUUCGUGUUCUCCUCCGACAGGAUCCUAUGUUCUGGACAUACAGGCCAUUUUCUGAAAUGAUGAUCCGUGCAGCUGCAGAUGAUGUUCGUUUUCUUCUCUGCAUCUAUUAUAAGAUGAUGGAAAAGCUGAACGAAAGAUCAUUAUGGUAUCUUGCUGUUCGUGGAGCAUUGUAUUCUCGAUGUUUCUGCAUUAAUGAGAAUAAUUAUGCUGAUUGGCCCGAUAUCCCUCCUAUUCCAGAUAACCUCACCAUUGAGGACAAUGCCCCCGAGGAGGAAAUCCUUUAUGUUCUUGAUGUUCCCCCGGGAAAGAUGGGACGUGUUAUUGGAAGACGAGGAGCUUCCAUUUUGUCAAUAAAGCAAUCUUGCAAUGCGGAAAUUUUCUUUGGAGGUGCUAAGGGUCCACCUGACAAGGCAUUCAUAAUAGGACCAGUGAAACAGGUGAGGAAAGCAGAAGCCAUGCUGAAGGGGAAAAUGGUGGAUAUUUACUAGGGAGCUUCAUGUUUCAUACCCGUUCAACUUAAAUGUAAUAAUAGCAAGUUUGCGAGAGAAUUUGCCUGCCUAAACUUCUGAUGUCAUGCCUUCCUAAUACUAACUUGUUGAGUGCCUGCUGGUUUCGUACACUUAUCAGCAUCUAUCUUUGCAUUUUGGAGGCAAUCUCAAAUGCUAAUAAUUCCAAAAAUAUGACUUGGUUGGCAAUUCAAGGA